CACUCAGCCCAUUCAAAUUAAUUUUGUUAGCCCAAUAGAAUGCUUUAUAAUCUCAAACCAAGUAGUUUUACUUCUACCUAUGGAUCUCCCCGCUCUGUUUCGUGCUGCUGCUCCUCCCAACAUUCCCCCUCUUCACUCCGCUCCAUCCCCAAGGAGUAAUUACAUUAUUGAGAAAGACAAUAAUAUUGCCAUUGAAGGUAGGAAUCUAAACUUCUCAAUAAAAACAAGGAAAGGGGAUUUAGUUCCCAUUCUUAAGGACUGUUCUCUUAGUAUUCCAUCUGGGCAGCUUUGGAUGCUUCUUGGACCUAAUGGGUGUGGAAAAUCUACCCUUUUGAAGAUUCUGGCUGGUCUUUUGAAUCCAACUAGUGGAACCUUGUAUCUGAAAAGGCCUAAGAGCUUUGUUUUUCAGAAUCCAGACCAUCAGGUUGUGAUGCCUACAGUCGAAGCUGAUGUAUCAUUUGGCCUUGGGAAGUUGAACCUGACUGAGGAUGAAGUUAAGUGCACGGUGUCAAAAGCUUUGAAUGCUGUGGGAAUGUCUGCCUACAUGCAAAGGCCAGUUCAAACUCUCAGCGGCGGUCAGAAACAAAGGGUUGCGAUUGCUGGUGCUCUAGCUGAAGCAUGUAAAGUGCUCUUAUUGGAUGAGCUAACAACAUUCUUAGAUGAAACUGAUCAGGUUGGUGUGAUCAAAGCCGUAAAGAACUCCUUGAAUGCAUCUGAUGAUGUUACGGCUCUAUGGGUGACCCAUCGAUUGGAAGAACUUGAAUAUGCAGACGGUGCUUUAUACAUGGAAAAUGGGAAGGUUGUCAAACAGGGUGAUGGAUCAAGCAUAAUGAAUUUCAUCGAAGCCAGACAAUCCUCUUACAUCAACCGAAUUAAUUCUUGAGGAUAUUCUUUUAAAUUCCUUUCUUUGGUUCCUAACAAUUCUCUUGUUUAUGAUCUCAGAUCCUAGUUAUCUACAAAUAUACCGAUUGCCCCAGUUCUCUUGUCCUGUUUUUUUAUGGAACACCAAGCAUGGUAAUAAGCAAUCCUGAAACAAGUUCCAACCAUCAAUCUCGCAUGCCUACGUUCAUUCCCUUGAAAGAGUCGUUGAGGCGUGAUUGGAUAUAACCCUGUUACAUUGUUGUGUGUCUCGCUGGACUGUCAGAGGAACUGGUUGCCCCUCGGCUUUAGUGUGUCAGAAUGCACUGAACUGCAGUAGAGUACUUGAAAGAUUAAAUUAUAACAUUAAAUUGUACUUUUAACACAGAGGUGUCCACUUAGUCAGGCAAUGCCUCCACCAGUGGCGAAGAUUAUUCCUGUACAAUAGCCAAACUCUUUGAUAUUUUGUUCUGUGCAGUCCAAAUUAUCCGAAUAAGCUAAAAGCCAAGCACGUUUUGAUA